UUUUUUAAAAAAAUGGGUUUUAUAGGAUAGAUAGUUAUGUCUGAUAAUAAAGAGAUUACCGAAAGAAUAAGGAAUUCGGAUAUUUUAUAUUGUCCAUAUCCUAAGUGCAAAUCUGUUAUUUUAUUAAAAGGGAUGGGGGUAUUGGUGUAUAGAAGAAAUCGAAUACUUGAUAAUUCUUGCAAAUUACCAUCGAAUGCAAUGUCUACAUUUUGGACUGUAUCUUCGCCUUUUAUUUUUGAAAAUCUUGGUUUUUCAAAUGAUAUAGAAGGAAAUAUAAAGUUUCUUAUAUGUGCAGAUUGUGAUAGAGGGCCAUUGGGAUAUCAUGAUCCAAAUGUAUUGAAUAAUGGGGAAAAGGAAUAUCUUCUUGCAACUGAUAGGGUUAUAUAUGGUCUAUCAAAUGAUACAGAUGAAAACUAUAAAUAA